AUGACUGGCAAGAAAACAGAAGCUCCUGAACAGAAUAAAGCACAGAAAACUCUUGGGAGUCCACAAGGCACAAUGCCCCAACGGGUCGGACUAGACCCUGCUGCCCAAGAAGCCGGGGAUGGAAAGCUGUGGAUUUUCGAUCUUGUGGCGAUUGCUUGCGUUUCGUUAGCACUGAAAAUGAGGAAAACAGAUUACUCUGUUUCUGAUCUUAUUCAAGAUGGAGACUUCAUGUUUGAUUCGAGCAUGAUCAACCGAAUGGAGUUGCUAAUUCUUGGAGCUUUAAAAUGGCGUAUGCGCUCAGCAAACCCGUUUUGUUUCUUGAACUAUUUCAUCACAUUCUUCAUGUUCAUCGACAAGCAUUCGGUUCCGAAUUUGAAGAAAAGGGCCACCGAGAUAAUCUUGAAAGCUCCAAAUGAUGUCAAGUUGCUCGAGUUCAAGCCUUCGCUUAUCUCAGCUUCAGCACUCCUUUGUGCAGUUAGCGAUUUUUUUCCAUUUCAGUUUCCUUCGUUCAAAAAUGCUGUUUGCAGCUGUUCUUAUGUAGAUAAGGAGGAUUUUCUGCAGUGCUAUGAUAAGAUACAAGGUGUAGCAAGUGAAGGUUACGAGUCGUUGUGGGCCCUGGCACUGGGCUCUUGCACGGGCCGGGCUUUGCAGGACACUUCAAUUUCGGGCUCAAAGGUUGAUAAUAAUAAUAACAAUGAUGGUGACAAUUAGAAUUUAAGGCAUCAAAUAGAUGGAAAUGGUAUACAUAUAUUAAUAUACAUUAUGUUGUGGCCUUAGUGAAAGGGCUAUUAGAUUGAAUUGGAAAUGAUACAUAGACAAUAUGAAUAAGAAAGGAGACUUUAGUUUAAGGAGGACAAAGUAGAGGUUAUUUUGUGUCUUCUCAAUGUUACUUAAUGUUGUGGGGACAAAAUCUACUAUUGUCUUGGUUGGUUUUAAGGUUUGGAUGGUUGGGAGAUUCUAUAGUCAAUAUUUGAUUGAGUUGGAA